GACAUGAGCGGGUCCCCUUUCACCCCACCCGCACAUAGACAUUAUUGCUGGUCGACGUCCCCCUGCUCAAAUGUUCCGACGUCACACCGUCAUCACCUCAUCACCGUUCCGACACCUCCCGGUCGCCGCCGCCGCUUCUCUGCUGCUGCUGCUUCUCUCCGGAGCGUGUAGGACCAAGAAGACAUGGACAGCGAGCUUCUCUCAGGAGGAGCUGAAGAAACGUCUCACUCCCAAGCAGUUCCAUGUGACUCAGGAAAGAGGAACUGAGAGUGCGUUCACUGGUGAAUUCACAGAUCAUAAAGAUGAAGGCACCUACACGUGUGUUGUCUGUGGAAAUCAGCUGUUCAGCUCAAAGACUAAAUUUGACUCUGGAUCAGGUUGGCCAUCCUUCUUUGACCUGGUGAAGGAGGAGUCUGUGACUGUGACCGAUGAUUUUUCCUAUGGGAUGCACAGAGUGGAGACCACCUGCAACCAGUGUGGCGCUCAUCUGGGACACCUGUUUGAUGAUGGACCAAGACCCACAGGGAAGCGCUACUGCAUAAACUCAGCCUCACUGGCCUUCCAGCCCAAAGACACGGCAUCCUCCACCCCCACCCCUGCGGCCGAGGGCGGAGCUGCCAGCAGCUCAGCGAGCGAUGGGAAGACGGAGCUCUGAAGGACAUGCCGGCCUUCUGACUGUGUGUAGGAGUCCAAAAGUUCCUGUAGCAUUGAAAUACUUCACAAAGUACAGACAGAGUGAGGUGAUGUUGUGGCAGAGACAAGCAAAGUCCUCUAUUUCUAGACACAGACCAAAUGCACCAAAUAAUCUGUCACAUGGGAAAGUGCAUGUUUCCUAAACAGCCAUAAAACUGCAACACACGCACACACUGCAUUAAUUGGUUGCCUUAAAAUAAUCAUUUGGUAUUUGUCAAACUGGGUUUUGCAAACUUUUCUCCGUUGUCGUCAUGAGGGGAGCAGGAGGAGGUUGUGUUACUGCCACAGGACCUUCACCCAUGUUUCAGUGACGACUUCCUGUGUUUCCAUUUGGUAUGAGCUUCUGCUUCCUGCCCCAUGUAACAGUGUCCUGACUGAAUUAUGCAUUUCCCCCAGAAAAACAUCAACAUUGACAAAUAACAAAAUUCCUCCCUUUACAUAUCCAGUUCUGGGUUUUAGCAUCUGCUCUGCCAGUUUAUAUAUGGGUGAAGUGUUGUGUUCUAGACAAACAAACAAAUUUGUAUACACAAUAAAUAUAUAUUACUAUAUUAAAGUGUUGUUUGAUACUGAGAGGUUAAUUUAACGAUAUCACCUAUGCAAGUGCUAGCGUCAGCAGUGACCGAAGGAAUCUUAUUGUGGAAAAUAAUGUAGUGCGGCCUCCAGGUCACUUCCUGUAUUUGUUCCUUCUUUAGUCCUUUGCUUUAGGAAAUAUUUUCAGCUUGUAUUAAAACAGUUAAUGGAUGAAUAAAAUAUCUUGAAGCAC